AAUUGUCAAACUUGGGAUGUUUGAGGAGGAAGGAUUGAGAAAUACGAAAUACAAGUAACAGUAAACGAAGAAAGCCAUAAAAGCUUUGUUUCUUGCACAAUUUAUGUCUUGAGCAAUGUUUUAAAUCCGAACAAUAUGGCUAUGUACAAAGGUUUUCGUGUAUUCGAAAAAUCCAAGCCUCCAAGUCCUCACAGUAUCCUCCUGGAACGAAAAGGAAAAGAAGAGACUUUGCUCUUCGAGUCUCAAGCAGUUGCUGUACUGUCUGCCCAAGAAACUGAAGCUGUUAAGAAACAAUAUACGAAGAUUUUAGAUGGUUAUGGAUGCUUGGGAGUUCUUCAACUUUAUUGUGGAGAAACAACAGCUCUGUACCUGGUGAUAAUUACUAGUUGUUUUUCAGUGGGAAAAAUAGGGGAGUCUGAAAUUUUUCGUAUUACUCAAACGCAGUUCGUUCCUUUGAAUUACCAACAAGGGGAUGAUAAAAUUGGGGAGGUGAGAAAACUACUUAACUCUGGCACUUUCUACUUCACUCAUUCUUCUGGAUCUAAUCCACCCCUUGAUCUCACACUAUGCGAACAGAGAAGACAGAAAACCAAUACAACCGAUCAUCGUUUCUUUUGGAACCGCAUGUUACAUGUACAUCUGGUUCGCUUCAGUGUUGAAUGUUCAUCCUGGUUGGUUAAAGUAAUGUGUGGAUCGGUAGAAAUAAGGACAGUUUAUGUAGGACAUAGAAAAGCUUUAGCAGCUGUUAUUUCACGAUUGAGUUGUGAGAGGGCAGGUACAAGGUUCAAUGUAAGAGGUACUAAUGAUGAAGGCCAUGUUGCGAAUUUUGUGGAAACUGAACAAGUCAUUUAUUUGGAAAAUGAAAUAAGUUCAUAUCUUCAAACAAGAGGUUCAGUACCAUUGUUUUGGGAACAACCAGGGGUUCAAGUAGGUUCUCACAAGGUGAGAAUGUCUAGAGGUUAUGAAGCUUGUAAAUCAGCUUUUGACAGACAUAUGAAUAUAAUUAAAGAACGCUAUGGUAAGCAAGCCAUCAUAAACUUACUAGGAACAAGUCUUAUUGGAAGCAAAGAAGGAGAGGCUACUUUAAGUCAGGAAUUUCAAAAACAUCAUAGAGAAUCGGCUCAUACAGAUAUUCCCCAUAUAGUUUUUGAUUAUCAUCAAGAAGUCAGGGGUGGCAAUCUGGCAAGUUUACAAAAAUUAAAAGCAAAAGUUGAUCAGUACCUGCAAGAUUUUUCCUACUACUAUACUAACAAUGGAGUGAUUUACAACCUUCAAACUGGCACUGUACGAACAAACUGCUUAGAUUGCUUGGACAGAACAAAUUGCGUCCAAACUUUUCUUGGCCUAGAAAUUUUAGCUAAACAGUUGCAGUCCAUGCAACUAGUAGAUAAAAAGCAGACUAUAUCAAGAUUUGAGGAAGUCUUCAGACAAAUGUGGAUUAAUAAUGGAAAUGAAAUAAGUAAGAUUUAUGCUGGCACUGGAGCUAUACAGGGUGGAUCUAAACUUAUGGAUGGGGCUAGGUCCGCUGCUAGAACAAUACAGAAUAAUUUACUCGAUAACUCUAAACAAGAGGCUAUAGAUAUUUUAUUGAUGGGGUCAACCCUCUCUUCAGAACUAUCUGACAGGGCACGAACCUUACUUCCUUAUAACACUUUACAUGCUCCCCCUCAUGUUUUAAGAGAAAUGUGUAGACGUUAUGUUGAAUACACAGAACCUAUCAAAUUGAGAAUUUCUGUUGGAACUUACAAUGUGAAUGGUGGAAAGCACUUCCGUAGUGUUGUCUUCAAAGAUAUACAACUAUCGGAUUGGCUCCUGGAUGCCCACAAAGGUUCUGUUCUUGUAGAUACUAACCCUGACGAGAAAGAUUUAUUGAGACCUGUAGAUAUAUUCGCUGUUGGAUUUGAAGAGAUUGUUGACCUGAAUGCUUCCAAUAUUGUCAAUGCAAGCUCAGAAAAUGCUAAAUCUUGGGCUGUUGAACUGCAAAAAGUAUUAUCUAGGGAUGUACCAUAUGUACUUCUCACUUACCAACAAUUAGUGGGGGUUUGUUUAUAUGUUUAUGUACGUCCAGAACAUGUUCCUUAUAUUCGCGAUGUGGCAGUGGAUUCUGUUAAAACUGGCAUGGGUGGACACACUGGAAACAAAGGUGCAGCAGCGAUCCGCCUUGUGCUCCAUGCUACCUCUCUAUGUUUUGUUUGCGCUCAUUUUGCUGCAGGCCAGAGUCAGGUAAAUGAAAGGAAUGCCGAUUACAAUGAAAUUACCAGAAAAAUAAACUUCCCCAUGAGUCGUUCUCUCAACUCCCACGAGUACCUCUUCUGGUGUGGUGAUUUCAACUACCGUAUUGAUUUAGAUAAGGAUGAGCUGAAGGAUCUUAUUAAAAUGGAAGAUUAUGAAACUAUUCUUCAGUCUGAUCAGUUGAGGAAACAGCAAAAUGAUGGUAAUGUUUUCAAAAAUUUUAUUGAAGGUGAUAUAAACUUCCCACCGACAUAUAAAUACGAUUUGUUUAGUGAUGAUUAUGACACCAGUGAAAAAUGUCGGGCUCCAGCUUGGACAGAUAGAGUCCUUUGGAAGAGAAAGCCAAUAACAGAAGCUGGAAGUCCAGUUAAUAUUUCAUAUGGAAAGUUGGUGCACUAUGGAAGAGCAGAAUUGAAGCAAAGUGAUCAUAGACCAGUUAUUGCAAUUAUAGACAUAGAAGGACGAAAAGUGAAUGAGUCUUUACGAGAUCAAGUAUUUUACCAAGUGAUAGCCGAUAUGGGUCCACCAGAUGGUACUCUAAUCGUUACUUAUGAAGGUGCCAACCAUGAUAUGGAAAACACGGUUUUUGAUGAUAAUUUGGUUAUGAUUCUCCUUGAACAAUUUUCUCAAAUUGGAGAAACUAUUCUGGUAAGAUUUGUUGGGGACACUAUGUGGGUAACUUUCAGAGAAGGUCAGUCUGUUCUCCAGAUGCUCAAAAAAACCAAUGGUAAGAUUCAAGUUCAGGAUUAUGAGUUAGCACUCCGGCUCAAAACACCAAACUGGGUUCAGCAAGCUAAAGAUGAAAUUGGAUUGUGUUCAACUAAUACAGUUCCUCUCUACAUAUCGCCAACGCAAGCAGAGUACAAUUGCUUAGGGAUUCCUGAAGUACGAAGAAGUGCCAGACCUUGUCCUCCUAACAGACCUCCACCCCCAAAUAAAUCCCCUCAAGCCCCCAAGAAAAACUUACCAAUAGCUGGAGUUAUAAGUAUUCCUACAAGAACUGUUCCCGCACCAGUUCAAUCACAAACAAGUCAAAAACUUGAGGAUACAGGUAUCUAUGAGGAAAUAACUGAUGAUUAUGCUGACAGUAUCCCAGAGCCUGUAGGUCCUCCCCCGCCCCCUCCAAGACCUGAACUAGCCAAUGAGAAGCCUCCGCCACCUGUACCUGCUAGGUCAGCUCCGCCCCCACCUCUACCAGCCAGGCCAAGGUCUUAAAAAUAGUUCAGUGUUGUAUAAGCCUAAUCAUUAACAUCAGAUGAUGUUGAUAUGCAACACUCUAGUCAAACUUAAUUUCAGUAUUGUAAUUGUCAUUCCUAUAUUUUAAUUUUCUUGCCUUUAUCUGUGAAUUAAUUUGGCUGUUAUAGAUUUUACUUCAUUUGAUACAUAUAGGAGUGUCAAAUGUUAAUCUUUUUGUACAUUCCAUCUAGCAAUAUUAUAGAUAUUUAAGAAAAUAGUGGGGCACAAGGCAGUUUCUGAAAAGUUUUUGGUUCUUGUUAUGGUUAUAUUUACCAUUCUGACUGGGGGAAAUUAUGUACAGUGUUCAGUCUUAUACUUCUUCUAAGUUUCUUGACAGUUCAAUUUCAUUAUAGAUGAAAUACUUUGAUAAGAAAUGCAAUGAUUGUAGUGUGAUUGUUACGAAAUUUUAUCCUCUGUUGUAUUUAGAAGAUGUUUAUAUAUGUAUAUUUCAUGUUAUAUUAUUAUGUGCAUAUAAUUAUAAGAAUUAUUGAUUUUGAUGAUAAAAGAUGUGAAGGCUGCUUGCAUGUAGAACAAAAUAAUAUAUCGCAUACCUACUAAAUACUCCAAUUUAAGAAAAGCCAGUUUAUUAUAUUAGUGUAAUCUUAUAGAACAAUAAAUAGUUGUAUCAUU